AUGAAGAAAAUAAAGGCCAUUUUCAACAGAAGGAAAGGCUGGCUGAAAUCAAUCUUCAGCCAUACAGAUGAUAAGACUAGCAGCGACUCUACCUUACAUGCACAGCCUGACCUAGCACCCGAGGUGACUCCCGCCAUCAGGUUCCCCGAUGGAGUUGAAGUCUUGCAUAAUUGCGUCGACGCUAGAGUUGAUAUCUACUUUAUCCACGGUUUGACCGGUAACCGGGACAGCACCUGGACAGGCCAUGGACAACUUGAGCCCUGGCCGAAGACACUACUUCCGUCCAGGCUUCCUAGAGCUCGCAUCCUCACGUACGGCUACGACGCAUACGUGCUAAGGGCACCGUCUGGAUCAUCAAACCGGUUGAUUGACCAUGCCAUGAAUCUUCUAAACGACUUGACGAGGGAUAGAGCUCGUAACGAUGCCUCGUCUCGUCCGCUCAUUUUCGUCGCCCACAGCCUCGGGGGCCUUGUCUGCAAGGAGGCCAUCCUACUCUCGCGAAAUAACCCCGAACCUCACCUUCGAGGUAUAUUCGAUUGCACCAAGGGCAUUAUAUUCAUAGGCACCCCCCAUAAGGGAUCCUGGAUGGCUAGUUGGGCAAAGAUACCCGCUUCGGCUCUUGGUCUCAUAAAUUCUGGGAACAAAGCAUUGCUAGAUGUCCUACAGACGGAUAACCAGCUUCUAGAGUCUGUUCAAGUCAGGUUCUGGUCGAUGAUACGCGAAGUGCGAGAGGCCGGGAGACGUCUCGAGGUGACCUGUUUCUUCGAGGAGCUUGGUCUGGUGUUAGUUGGAAAAAUCGUGUCUAAGGAAUCAGCGACGCUCGAAGGCUACAGCUCUUUUAGCAUCCACGCCAACCAUAGCGACAUGGCCAAGUUUAGUUCAGCGGAAGAUAACGGAUUCGACAGGCUACUCGGUGAGCUGGUCAGAUGGGAAUCGCAAAUCGAGGAUUCAACCGUCGACCAACCGUCACCCUCGUCGGCUGAAGAAGCGCCGGUCGACAAGCCAGCCAGUACGACCAUUAAUAAUUUCGGCUCUGGCGAACAAUUCUACGCAGUAGACGGCGUCCAGAACAAUGCUUUAGGCAGUGGCAAUCAGUUUCCCGGGGCUACAUUCAACGGGCCGAUGUAUUUUUCCUAG